AUGGAUGGCUUCACUCUCCCAGAGAUUCCCCCUCACAUCCUCCAGCCUGGUGUGAAAAAGGAAGAUAUCGAUGCCGAGGCGAUAAUAGAGGGCUGGCUUUCUAAGCUCAACCAAGUGUUUGAGUCCAGAUCCUUCACCGGCAAUCUUGACCACCUUUUCAUCGAUGAUUGCUGGUGGAGGGAUAUUGUCGGCCUCCAUUGGAAUUUCUCCUCCAAGCGCGGCAAAGAAAGCAUUGCAGAAUAUUUAUCUUCAGCACCCAACACACUAUCCGAAAUCAAAACCUCGCGGUCCGGCGGAAUCAAGCCUUUUAUGAUUGAAGUUCCUGGGAUGAUAUGGGUCCAAAGUGCCUUCAAUUUCAAAACAUCUUUCGGUUCAGGGACAGGCUUAGUCAAGUUGUUGAAUGUUGAAGGAAAUGAGUGGAAAGCAUGGACCGUUUUCACACAGCUGGAGAAGCUGGACUUCCAGAAGGAAAUCGAAGUAAAGCGACAACAGCAUCCCGCUUCACGAAGCAAGAACAAUUCUUUGCCCAAUGGUCCAGGAACCCAGGAGUCUUCAGCUUCACGCGAGGAUCUGCAGGUUUUGAUCGUCGGGGCGGGUCAAGCAGGACUUUCCCUCGGUGCUCGCCUUCAUCAUAUGGGCAUCAAAACGGUCAUCGCGGAGAGGCAUGCUCGCGUGGGCGAUGUCUGGAGAAAGCGGUAUCUCUCGGUCAGACUGAACACGCCUACGUACACAGACCAUCCGCCAUUCAUGAAGAUUCCUGAAACCUGGCCUCGUUGGCUGUCUGGUGCCCAAGUGGCCAGCUUCUGGGAACACUACCAGGAGAUGAUGGGCCUUGACGUUCUAACGAGUGCGAAUGUGGUCAGCGCAGUAUACAGCGAAUCAGAGAGAAGAUACAAGGUCAUUAUCCAGCGCGAUGGUUGGACCAUGACUCUACACCCUCGCCAUGUGGUCCUUGCUACAGGUGUCUUCAGUGACAGGCCCAUCGUUCCAAGCUUCCCAGGCCAAGAGCAAUUCCAAGGCCGGAUCUAUCACUCGAGCCAACAUAGUACAGCUCAGUCAGUACAAGACCUGCACCAGAAGAACGUGGUAGUCAUUGGCCCGGGUACAAGUGGUCAUGAUGUGGCACAAGACUUCGUCAACCACGGAGCGAAGGCGGUGUCUUUGAUCCAGCGCAACCCUAUCUUUUUCCUCUCCGCAGAGUCAUGUGAAGCUAUCCAGCUGUUCCUUUGGAAAAUGGAGGGACUCACAACCGAGGAGGCUGACCUGAUCGGCAACUCGACUCCUCUAGCUGUUAUCCGUACCAUGAGUAUCGGAAUGACGAAAGCAAUGGCUGAGAUGGACAAGGACACGAUAGAAGGCCUAAAGAAGGCGGGGAUGGUACUAAACACGGGUGAAGAUGGCUACGGGCUCGCCGAUUACCAGCUUAUCUACGGAGGAAGAUAUUAUCUGGAUCAAGGGGCGAGCGAAAUGGUUAUGGAUGGGCGAAUUAAAAUCCACAACUGUGAAAAGGGUGUAAAGGAAAUCCAGCAAGAUGCCAUUAUAUUGGAAAAUGGCUCCCAGGUCAAGGCCGAUAUCAUCGUGUUGGCCACUGGUUAUCAUAGCAAUGUGGAAACAGUCGAGAAGAUACUGGGUUCCGAAGUUGCCCAGAAACUCGACUCGAAUUUCGGCCGCAUGGAUACUGAGAAUGAAAGAGCAGGUUGGUGGCGUCCGACGGGGCAGCCAGGCUUUUGGUUCAUGACAGGAAGCUUCAUGUGGUGCCGCCAGUACUCGCUGGCCCUUGCGCUGCAAAUCGCAGCAGUUGAAAAGGGAUUCAAUAAAUCUCAUUAUGGAAAGAAGUAA